UCAUACCAGAACCCUGAGCAGAUUCUGUCUGCAGCCAUGAUGCCCGUGGCCACCGUGAUGCCCGAUGACACGCCCAUGUUUGACCCCAGGAUCCUGCAGGAACUCGACUGGAGUGAGAACACCACGGCCUUUUCUCCUGCUAUUUCUCCACUGGAUCCAGGGGAUGGGCUGGUCCUGAGACCACUUUGCACAGCUGAUUUAAAUCGAGGCUUUUUCAAGGUUCUGGGUCAGCUGACAGAAACAGGAGUUGUGAGCCCGGAGCAGUUCAUCAAAACCUUCGAGCACAUGAAGAGGUCUGGAGAUUACUACGUCACCGUGGUGGAGGACACCAACCUGGGGCAGAUCGUUGCCACGGCAACGCUGGUUAUAGAACACAAAUUCACUCACUCCUGUGCCAAGAGGGGCAGGAUAGAAGACGUGGUGGUCAGCGGGGAGUGCAGAGGGAAGCAGCUUGGAAAACUAUUAACGUCCACCCUCACCUUGCUGAGUAAGAGACUGAACUGUUACAAAAUCACGCUGGAGUGUCUGCCCAAAAAUGUGGAUUUCUACAAGAAGUUUGGCUAUUUGGUAUCUGAUGAAAACUACAUGUUUCAACGGUUCUUUAAUUAACAGCUUCUAGGUGCUCUGGGUUCUUUUUAUUUUUUUCUUGGAAAGACUGUUGGUGGAGGAGCUUGUGCUACAAACAUUCUCUCCGUGGAAAAUUUCUAUAGUUUAUUGCUGCAGAUAUAACAAUCCCUAUAAAUAAUGAACAUCAAAUGUGUAAAUCUUGGGGG